UAUAAAUUAAGUAUUUAUUGGCAUGCAAGAAAUAUGAGCAUUAUUCUUUUGUUAGUUAUUUUUAUGUAAAAAAGAAAAAAGAACGGAGUCUGGAUAAACAGCUCUGUUGGACAAAUAUGCGAGGAAUGAAUUCUUUUUGGAUCCGUGGAGGCUCCAGCAGCUCUGAGAUCAGCAACACUCACUUGCUUUCUGAAGAAGAGACAUUUUAAACUGUUCUGAAUUCAGGGUUCUGCAAAGAUUGUUCAAGCCUGAAUCACCUAAUGUGGAGCAUGCAGAACUGAGCCACACAAUAAAUCUAAAGCUGACGCAUUUAAGAGGCUCUGAACUCUGAAAUAUCACGCAGAGAGACGUGUGGUGGAACGACGGUAGGUCUGGAAGUUUUGUACUCUUUAGUUCACUGGUUGGUAUCAAAUAUUGAGAAAACAUUUUUUAUUUUUCAGAGAAAUUUGACUGCGAUGGGAUUUAUUAUAAAAGCCAUGUUGGCGUGGCUGUUUCUGUUUUGCACAACUGCAGGUUCUUCUGCACAACUGCCCGCACAAGACUCGUGCUGGUCAAAGAUUUCCAUCCUGAAGAGCAGCAUAAAGAAGCUAGAGUACAAGCUCUUGAUUAGCACUUGGCAGGUUGAGCACCUGCAGAAGCACAAAUACUUUAAACCUUCUCAACCGGCCGAGACAGACAGGAAGUCUCAAACUGACUUAUUUUCUAGCACCAAUCUGAACAACAGCUUGGAUCAGACACAGAUGACCCCCCUUCCAGCAGCUGGUAGUUUAAUCGUCCAUGAUACAGACUGUUCUGAUAUAUUUGACAGACUGCGACCGCCCAGUGGUUUCUAUCGGAUCAGACCCAAACCACAGCAGGAUCCUUUCCUGGUGUACUGUGACAUGGAGGAUGGAGGAGGGUGGACGGUGUUCCAGAGACGUCGGCAUGGGAAAGUUGACUUCAACAGAGACUGGGUGGAUUACAGAGACGGCUUUGGUGACUUCAAGUUGUGGAAUGAUGAGUUCUGGCUCGGGAAUGAGCACAUACAUUCUCUACUAUUGGAAGGUAGGAACCUGGUGAAGGUUGAUCUGAUGGACUGGGAUGGACACAAAAGUCAUGCAUAUUAUGAGAACUUCAGGAUCACCAAUGAGGCUGAUAAGUAUCGUCUCCAGUAUGGGAGGUACAGUGGGAAAGCAGGGGAUGCUUUCACUGGUUCAGGGGGAAUGGUGGAGCAGUGGUCCUCCUGCCUCAACAGCAUGCAGUUCAGCACCAGAGAUCAGGACAACGACCGCUUCCUUCAGGGAAGUUGUGCCCAGGAGAAUAAGGGAGGUUGGUGGUACAACAGAUGCCAUGCAGCUAAUCUGAAUGGAAAGUUCUACCACAAGGGGAAUUACAAGGCCCAGUAUGACAACGGUGUUGUGUGGGGGACCUGGAAAGGUCUCUGGUACUCACUCAGACACACCACCAUGAAGGUGCGACCCCUGCUCUUCCUGGACUCAGUUGGAAGUGGACUGGGAGAAAUUUAAAAGCUCAAGACUCCAUUUCUGGAUAAAAAAGUUUAAUGGUUUAUAUUUUGAUUUCUCCUUUUGCUUCUUUUUCUGAACGUUUGAUCAUGGGAUCAAUAAUAUAGCAUCUUUGUAACUCAACUAAAUCAUUUCCUUCUACAAGAAGAUAUUACUCUGAUAAUAAAGAAGCAGAAUUCAGCUA